AUGCCACCCAAAACUACAAAACCUAAACCCAACUCCGCCUCGACAAAGAAAGAUGUCAAACCUCCCAGUAAAAAACCAAGAUCUACGAAAGAAGAUAAAAAAUCAAAAAAGACCAUCGAAAGUGAAGAUGAGGUCAUGUCUGAACAAGAAGAGGUGUCAGAGGAAGAGCAGAAAGAACAAGACAAUGAGAACGUUGAAGAAAAGUUUAUGAAAUCUGCGAAAGCUUUAGAAAUCAGGUUUGGACAUGAAGGAGAAGAAGAGGAUUUGGUAGAGUUAUUGGCGGAUGUCAAAAAGUUUUCUUCUGGAUCAUACGGUUGGAACGGGAAUAAAAAAACGAAACUUCCCUUGGGACCUGGUGAAGAGGAAGUGGACGUUCAAAUCACAGUAAACAUCACCGUACUUCAUUCCAAAGUAAAAGAAUCUACAAAAACUGAAACUGUAACAAAGUCAAAAGGUUCAAAGACCAAUACGAAGACCACUGUAAAAGAAAACAAAGAGAAAGACUCAGGAAAAGAAGAAGAAGAAGAGGAAGUGGAAAUGGAAGAAAAGGAUAAAUCCAAAGGUAAAGGUCAAAAAUCUAAAUUUAUCAAAAAGACGGAAACAGUUUCAGUAAAAGGAAAGGGUGGGAAAUCAGGUGGAAAGGAAAAAGAAAAAAAUACUGUUAAACCUAAAGGAAAGAAGAGGAAGGUUGAAGAAGAAGAAGAGGUUGAAAAAGAUGAUGAUGAAGAGGAAGAGGAAUGA